UUCCUUCUUUGAGCGCUCUUUCCCCACGUAUUAGUUGUCGCCAAAAGACCAAUCAAUCAAUCUCCCGGGCAUUAACCGCACCCCAUGGAUCCCUGAGGACCAACAGCCACCUUGGAAGUCACGUUGCCCCCUAGAGCCAUCCGUCGUCCUGUUCUGUCCUGUUUUGCUCUGUCUGCCCUAUUCUACACUUUCCAAAGCCACAGACAGCAGCGCAGUCUUUCUCUUCCCUUCUCCUCCCCUUAUCCUGAGGAGAAAGAAGGAAACAAAUUGAUCACGAGACCUAUUGCGCUAAAGGAGCAAGAUGAUGGACUCAAGACCGCCAGUAUUCCAUGGCCAACAGCGUCAACAGCGCCAACAACAUCCCCAUGACCAUCAAGACGAAGCCACACAUGCGUUCAACCAAGCGUCAUCGGGCAACUUUCUACUGCCCGAGAGUCAAAAUGGAUUCACAUUCUCCGCAGAGCCUGGGACCAUAGAUGAUGGCUCCAUGGUCAGCCUUGUCCCUUUCCCCGGGUCUGCCCAGGAGUCAGCCUUCGCACCCAAUGCUGGCUCAUCCUUCGAUUCUCACAUGCGUCCCGAUAUGAUCAACCAGACCUUCCCUCCUCCAUACUUUUCCAUGCAAUCGCAACAGAAUUACUCCCUCUCUCCCGCCACACAUAGCCGCAACGGUCAGAGCAUCUCCCCCUCGCAUUCCGUCGAUCACCUUAGCCCAGAGGCGGCAGGGUACUUGAGUGAUCCAAAUAGUUACAGCAAUUACACGACCCCUAAUCUCGGGAGCCAGUAUUUAGAAGACAAUUUCUCAAGCCUGACCUUCACAGAACCGCCCAUGGCAUCUACGAACUACGAUCCAUUUCAAAGCAAUGCAAGCUUGGCAAUGCCCAUCACCGCUGACGUUUUGGCUACUUACAAUGCCCAAGCGCCCUCUCUGAACCCCUCCAACAUCCCAUCACAAGCCCAGCUCAUUUCGCCAUCUCCAACAAACAAUUCCAGUCCAGUCAUUACCGACGAUCACGCCAAUACUACUGGCUUUUCGACGAUGAAUUUCACCAGCAAUGACUAUCAAUCGUCAACGCCACCGGCCCCAAUGCAGCAUAUGAUGCAUUCUACUCCCAUCAAACAGGGAAAGCGACAGCAACAGCAGAGCCCUGCUCUGACAGAAAGCCCGCCUUACUCCACGCUUGCACAACAACAGUCCAAACCUCAUCUCCUUACGAGCCCAAUAGUACGCGUGGAGCAUAUCGACCGAGCUGGAUCCCCAUCGACUUCAGAUAUCAGUAGGCCAGUCAGCAAACGAAGUCAUGGCAGCCGUCGCUCGGGCAAUCACCUCUCGCCAUUUCCCGUGGAUGAUAAUGAUACAUCUGACGAGGACGUGGAUCCCCAGGCAGUUCGUGUGCAACAUCCACCCGUGAUUCGCGGUGCUGAGCGCAAUGAGGAUGGCAGCUGGGUGUCUGGCCAGGGGGAUGGCCGAGGAGGCCUUAACCCCCACGAUCGAGACCACAUGAACGGUGCAUGGGUUCCCACACUCGACGAGCUUGCCGAUCACAGGUUGAAAGAGGAAAAGAAACUCGAAGUCGAAGAGUGGCUCACCAAGAGUGAGGCAUGUAGUGAAGCGGGAGAUGCUGGCUCAUCUACGAACCUUCUGAAACCUUUCACCACAAGACGCCGCGCCAAGAGCACAAACGAUGCAAACCGCAACGGUUUUGCCAAAGGCUUUGGACUGGGAGUGCGCACCGAUUUCGAGCUUCUCGAUGACUCAGGUAUACCUGGACCGGGCCUGUAUAUAGAUGAACGCAGCGAAUACGAGGACUACGACGACGAGGACGACGAGGAUGCCGAGCCAGAGUCCCCAGCUGCCGAAAUCGACAUUUCUGCAAGCCAUGCUGAUGAUUCUUAUUUCCCACCGGCUGCUGUGGAGCAUGGAAGUCUAAUGAGUGCUAUUUUCCGGCCCUGGGUCGAUGCUCCAACCCAACCCACCCCCACUGCAUCUUCUACUCGUUAUCAGCCACAGACGUCGAAUGCCGCCAUGAUGCGAUUCGGGCUCAGGGCAAAAGACGUCGAAACUGCUUCAUUGGCCGCCACUCUCGGUUCUAGGCGCCUUAGUGAGUCUGAUUUGGGCAGUAUCAGGGCGGCUCCCGGAGUUGUCAAGGCCAUCAAGCCCGCAGAGCCUGUGGAGUCUGAGAUUAAGAAACAGAAGGAAAGGCAGCGGAGGCCUAGCUUUCUGGAGAACAUUCUUCCCAAACGUGCUCCAAGCAAUCUCCUAAAACGAAAGGGCAGCAUACCCGUGCAAACGCCUACUGAGGUCGGUGGAGAGAAAGCGAAAGAGCUAGUCGGUAUCGAAAAGCCCAAGCGAAUGGGGAGUUGGGGCCGACCGAAGUCCCCUAGGUUGGAUACUAACGUUGCGACUCAAGUAAAGGAACUCGGCCCUCCAAGUUCCACGGGCCUUUCUGCAACAUCGGGCCCAUGGUACCAACGCCCGAAGAACGCGAUCAGGCGCAGCAGAAGUCGAAGCGACCUGGGAAGAUCGCCAGGAUUGAAAGAGCUCAUGACUCAACAUGGCGGGCCCCCUAUGCCUAUGCUGGCAUCGCCGUUGGCUGAAACGGAGGCUACGAAGCUUCCAAAUCCAAGCCCCGGCGGUGACGACGACGACGAUGAUGAUGCCCAAGAAGCUGUCACCAUGGACCUCAAAGUUCGCUCUGACCCCAUCAUCCCGACCUAUGAAGGCUUCAAGACCCAUGCUCGACAAUUGAACCCCCGCCUAGUCGAUUAUAUGGUUGAGAGAAUCACCCAGGAACAAAUGCGUAGAUACAAACGUUUGCUUGAGUUUAAAGUCAAACACCUGAACGCUGUGAAGAAUCACAACUGCCCGUCGGCAACAUUUUGUACAGAUCUUGGUGGAGAAUCCAAGCAAUUGCCACCGCGAGCGGGCAACAAAGAUUCCGACGCACCCUUUAUAGGUUUCCAAAUCACUGCUCCAGGCUCGUCAGACGAUGAUGGCGAGCCUCUGCCAGAAGGAACUGUUGUUGCUGCCCAAUUUCCAUCAGGCGUACCCCUUCCACCUGUGAAGCGCUUGCCUGCUGAAUUUGAGUGCCCACUCUGCUUCAAAGUCAAGAAGUUCUACAAGCCUUCUGAUUGGACUAAGCAUGUUCAUGAGGAUGUGCAACCCUUUACUUGCACAUUUCCGCACUGCGGCGAGCCUAAAUCUUUCAAACGAAAAGCAGAUUGGGUGCGGCACGAGAAUGAACGCCAUCGGCAGCUUGAGAAUUGGACCUGCCAGAUUGCCGAUUGCAACCACACAUGCUACAGGAAAGACAAUUUUGUCCAGCACUUGGUCCGAGAACACAAAAUCGCCGAACCGCGAGCACGCACUGGCCGCGGAACCAAAGACACAGCUACUGCUUCGACCUCAGAAGAUAUAUGGAGCUUAGUGGAGAGGUGCCGCCGUGAUACGACUAAGCAACCCAGAGAUGAGCCCUGUCGCUUUUGCGGGAACAUCUGCAAUAGUUGGAAAAAGCUGACAGUCCAUUUGGCGAAACACAUGGAGCAGAUUAGCAUGCCAAUUCUACCACUCGUGGAGCAAAAGCAAAUGAAUGCCGAUACGAUCAUCAGUCCAGUCGUCGAGAUGCCAGAAUCACGGAAGUUAUCUGCAACGCCGGGCAAGUCACCUGUCGACAAUCCUUCCCGAUAUAUCCCAAAUCAUUCCACCUUCGCGCCAGGAAUAGACCCUAGCCGAUUCCCCGCAGACCCAUCGCCUGUUGGCAACGCUGCCACCACCAUCCAUUCAUACCCUCCACCACAAUUGAUGCACAUCAAAGCCCAGCAUCCUUCACGCAAUGGGAAUUAUAACAAUUAUGUGCUGGAAGGUGCACCCAACAUGUCUGGCAGUACAUAUCCGGGCCUGCAAGAGCCUGCAAAGAUGCGGGGUACCUAUGUCAAUGGACUACAAAUUCCUAAUCAGAAUUAUCAAAACGGGACUGCGCAGAAUGGGGCCAAUGGGUUUCCUAUGACACCUGUUUCCGCCCUCGGACAUCACCAGACAGCGGGAUUUACCACUUCCCCUAUCGACACCGCAACCUUUCCUAGUGAGGCCCUGGGUCCACAGUAUUUUACGCAAGAACCCCAGAACCUAAUGAAUUCGAGCAUGGCCUAUGACAAUGGCUCACCAUUGCGCUUCAACGGGAGUCCCUACCAGGAUCUCUCGUACAUGCCCCAGCAACAUAAUUAUCAAUACCAGGGCCAAUAAAACACUCAAAAUGAGGACAGCCGUGUUUCCCAGCAACACUGCAUAGAAACGGAGGCAGAUACUACUUCCUCCCCUUUCAUACAUUUGUUUGACUAGUUGGAGGGUACGGUGUCACCUCGCACGAAACUUAUGAUAUUAUUGAGU